AGCAGGAACUUUAUCCCCCAUGGAAGCCAUCAGAGUGAUCUCCACAACCACAGUUCAAGCUCGAAGCCACGUUAAUAAUGGCGACUCACCAAAACUAAUUGACAUGAAUCCAUGGGAUCUUCAGUAUCUUGUUCUUGAGUAUGCUCAAAAGGGGCUUCUUUAUCACAAACCCACUUCAUCAUCCUCGUCGUUCCAACAUUCAGAGACAGUGAUCCAGCACUUGAAGGACUCGCUUUCUAUGGCCCUCGACUUCUACCCACCCCUCGCCGGCCGUCUUGCCAUCAUCGACAACGACGACGAUGACACCUCCUCCGUCUUCAUCAAUUGCAACAAUGCCGGAGUAAGCUUUGUUCAUGCUGUUGCAGAGAAUACUACAAUUGCUGAUAUUGUUGAACCUACUUAUGUUCCACAAAUUCUCUACUCCUUCUUCCCAACUGGAAAAUUCAAGAACUUUGAAGGAACUCAGGUCCCAUUAAUGGCGGUUCAAGUCACAGAGCUAGUGGAUGGCAUCUUUGUCGCUUACUCGACCAACCAUAGUCUUGUUGAUGUGAAGCCAGCUUGAGAUUUCUGGAAUGCAUGGGCAGGGUUCUCCAGAAAUGGUUUGAAUCACGUAAGGUCUGACUCAAACCUCGCUACAUUUGAAAGGUGGUUCCCUAGUGAUAAUAUUAAACGCCCCCUGCAAAUUCCAUUCAAAGAAAUGAUGGAGAAUUAUAGCAAGGCGUCAGCUAAUUUGGUCCAGCCACCCCCAUUCUCUAGGAGGUUCUUUCACUUUAAAAAGGAAAAAAUUGCUGAACUCGAAGCAAAAGCUAACUCACAAGUAGAGGAUGGUGUCGUUAGCAACAAAAUCUCCUCCUUGCAUGCUGUGCUAGGCCAGGUUUGGAGGUCUGCAAUCAGAAAUCAGAAGCUUGACCCAGAAGAAGAAGUCACUUACAGAUUCCUCAUAUAUGCUAGAUCCAAAGUUUCUUACCCACCAAUUCCAGACAACUAUUUUGGACCCACCGUGCAAUUCACUACUGUGACAAUGAAAGUAAGGGACUUGGUGGGAGAUGGAGGCCUUGGGAAGUUUGGUUUGGAGUUGAACAAGGCAAUCUCAUCAUGCACAGAAGAGAAGAUCAAGAGAGACUUUGAAGCUUGGGUACAAAAUCCAACAUUCCGCACACAACGUGCCACAAUUGGGAAGUUCAUGGGAACUUGUAGCUCCCCUAGUACCAAAUUUUAUGACAUUGACUUUGGUUGGGGAAGGCCGGUGGCGAUUCACCUUGGUCCCGCCAACACAAGGUGUUGGAAGCUGGCGGCUGAUGCCGGAGCAGAAGAAGGUAGCUUUCACUUUGAGAUGUGUGCUUCCCAUGAAAUAUUGGAAGCCAUGGGAAGGGACCCUGAGUUCAUGCAUAUGGUGUCACCGCAGAAGCUGGCGUAGGCUUGGAUAUAAUAAGAGAUCUAGACGUGUGACAGUGUAUAAAAGUAUGUAAAAAAAAUUAUCUUUACAUGCGUGAAAAUUUUUAAUUGAAUAUCAGGGUAUUCAAACUUCCCCGUAAUGUUUUUAACAUCAUCAAUUAUGUAUUGUAGUUUUUGAUUAUGUUAUAUGUCAAUCGCUAUGAUAGCUUAUUGUUA